AUGCUCUCUCGUCCUCGUCGCGAAACUCCGAGGAGAAGCUCCUCCUCUUUUGUCCUCCUCCUCCUCGCGUUGAUUUUCUUUCACGGAAAUGAUGGAAAUGUCUUCCCUUCGGUCUCCGCCUCCAAGGCAAAAAACAGAGCGGUGCUCCAAGAAAAGUACGGCAUAGACUGCGGGACGCACUGCACGAACGCCGUGGUAAAACUGCACGAAGCGAAGAUUGAACAAGAAAAGCGAUUAAACCACGACAAAGCGGUACUUUCCGGAGCGCACGACGAAGCCGCGGUGAAGCAAUUUUUAAUCGAACAAGCGGUGGUGGAUUCGAGCGAGUUGACGAGUUUAGGGAAGUCGCACACGUGCGUGAUUGAGCGAUAUUCGGCGUACUUUCCCGGGCAGUGCGUGCCGACGCAAGCGAUUAUGGACUAUUUGAGCGGGAAGUUGGUGCCGGAGCCAAACUUGGACGCGAGGAAAGAUCCGGUGCCGUACAUUCCGCCGACGUACGGGGACGUGGAAGCGCACAGAUACGAAGCCGUGCAAGCGUUAGCGGCGUGGCUGAGGUUGUUGCCGUUGGAUAAGUUGACGUCGAGAGUGCAAUAUUUGUUGUUUCCGGCGGAGUUGUGGGACGACGCGAAAUUGCAAAAGUUGCAGUUGUAUAAGGCGCACGUGGGGAAGAUGGGCGUGAACGCGCGAGAGAAGUUGAUUGCGGCACAAAAGGCGUUAGAUACGGGCGAUUUAGAACACGGACAGUUGCCGAGAGCGACGAGAUUAAAGUUAACCGCGCACAUUAGAGCGGCGAGGAUGAUUGGGUACGAGAUUGAAGGCGUGGAUACGGAAGAGUCGGACGAUUCGUUCGCGGAGUUGUUGAGCGAAGAGAGCGGUUUGGACGACGUUUCGAAAGGGAAGAUGUUGGAAGAUCGCAUUCGCGAACAAUUGAAACAACUCGGGCAAAACGUGACCGAGGAGGACAAAUUGCGCAUUAUUCAAGAGGCGGAGGAAGAGGCGGCGAUUGCGCCGGAGAUGUUUGAAGGGAAACAAAAUUUGGGGCAAGCGAUUGGUUCGAUUUUAAGAGAGCACCACGAGUACGUGGUCAGAGGCACGAGAGCGGCGUUGAAAGGCCAAGCGGACGCGAGAGUGGUUGCAUAUUUGUUGUUGACCAUCAUCGUCGUCUCAGUUCCGGUCGUUGCUAUUUUGUUGGCGUUACAAGCGCACAAAGAAAUGUUGGCGAACCAGUUGUUGCCGAAAACGUGGGCGGAGAUGAUCGUACCCAAAAAAUCAACCGAAGACGACUUAGCCGAGGUUGUGGUGAAGGACGAAGCUAAGAACACGGUAAAGAACGUCGGAUACAGACCGGCGAGACAAGUGCCGAUGAUGCCCCAAAACAACAACGUAGCUCAACAACAGCCGCCGCCGCGACGACGAUAA